AUGGAGCACGGACAGGAGGGAGCAGAGAGCCAGGAAACAGGAGCAGCUCAUGCUCUUUGCCAGGAGAACGAGGCUUCAGCUUCAAAGAGACUCCACCAAACAGAGGAACAGAAAGCAACUAAACAAAAGAAGAAGUAUGAAAUGAUGGAAGUGCAUCAGUCAAAGCAGGCACACCAAGAGAAAGCAAAAAUCACCCCCAGCAUGUUGCACAGUUCUGAACUCUUAGGCAGCUCUUCAAAUGAGUUGGUGACAUCUCGAAAUAAGAAGUUUGAAGGUCCUUUAGAGGAGACUUUUGCUGUCAGAAGCAGUGAAAGUAAACUAUGUAGCACUUUACAAGAAGUUAAAAGGCCAAAGAUUACCACAGAUAUUAUUAGUUCACAGUUUUUGAAGACUCAGGAUUCAGAAAUGGAAAACCUGAACCUUAAUUUAGGGUAUGAUGGAAUCCCUGGUGCCUUUGGAACUACAAAUAAACUAGGAGGAACUACAAAGAAACUAGGAGAGCCUCUUCCACUAAGAAUACAACCUGGAAGGAUGUGCAAAAAGGUUCCCACAUUGCAUCAGCUAAAAACCAUUAGAAAACUCAAAAAAACUAGAGGUCCACCUUCCUUCGAGUUACCCCUGCAAAUAUUCCCCCAGCAGGAAAACACACCUCUGGAAUCUUUGUACUUUCCAUGUAAACCACCAACAAAGGAAAGGGAAACAGCCCUGAGAUUUGCUCCUGUGCCAGGAGGGCAGAGGGCCAGGAGGGGCAGUUUGUUGAACAGCUUGAAAUUUCGGAAAUGUACCAAAGAGCCAGCCUUGCUGAGCAAGUUGUCUGCCGUGGCCAGCAAGCUCCUGGCCCCUGCCAAGGGCGUCUGUGACUUCCAACCUCGGCCAUACUCCUCUGAAAUGCUUCCCGUGGGUGACAGGUACAGCCACCAGAGAUCGAAAAAUCUCUUGGAAGCCUUUUCUUGCAUUAACAGGAACGUUCACUCACGCUGGGCUGGCAGUUGGUGCACCAAGAUGUUCAGCUUUCAGCCUUUGGCACUUUAUCCUGUAGAAACUACCAAAAUCCUUUUUUCAGACUCAAGCCACAAGCCUCCGACCUCUUUGUCGGACACCCCAGUUUUCCCAAUUUCUUUUCACAUCAAAUUGGACUCCAGUCCCGUGACAGACCUCCCAGGGAUUCCAUCCCCGCACUCUGGACAUCACGGGCCCGUUUCUGGGGAAAUGCCAGCGCCAGCUUCCAAGUGGACUUGGUCUUUUCUCCUGUCUCCGAGCUGUUCAGAUACCACAGCCUUCAAGGAAGAUUCUACUCUAAAUACUGAGCUUGGUUCUGCUCACUCUGUAACAACCCCAAGGACUGUGGCUCAUCCUGACCGGGGAAGAAACGCAGUAGCUGAGAGAAGAGGAGGUUGUUCCAGGCUUGGCCUUCACACAGUGUUAGCACUUUCUUCCCCUGGAUGUUACAGGAUUUGGACAAGAAGAAGAAACUUAAGCAGUCACAUUCCUACCAUCCAGAGACUAUUUAUAUCCCAGCUGGCACAGGGUUUGAAAGGGGCAAGGUAUCCAAGCUGUGUGCCCGCUGGCCUGGCCUCCUCAUUGCCAUACUCCCUGGGCAGGGUCCUCUCCAUAUGGAGCCAGCACGGUCCUUCUGCCCGUCCUUCCGAAACCCCUCCUCUCCAUCCCAAUCACUGCAAGUGGCAGCCAAGUGUGGCCAUCGAGAACAGGUAAAACCCAUCAACUUCUU